AUGAAACGAGCUACAAAUCUACUCCUUGUCCCUCGACGCAUUCAAAAUUUGCGUUUUCUCUCCGAAAAAGCCGCCGGCAACCUGGCUAUGGAGCCAGGAAAGAAGACCACACAUUUCGGGUUCACAGAUGUCGAUGAAGAGGAAAAAGAGAAAAAAGUGCACCAUGUCUUCGCGAAUGUCGCCAAAAAGUACGAUUUGAUGAAUGACGCAAUGUCAAUGGGAGUUCAUCGGCUCUGGAAGGAUUACUACGUCGGCGGCCUUCAGAUUCCCUACAACGCCAAGAUUCUCGACAUGGCCGGGGGGACCGGAGACAUUGCUUUUCGGCUUUUAAGGCAUUCUCCGACUGCCAAAGUGACAGUAUCGGAUAUCAAUCAGCCGAUGCUGGAUAUCAACCCCUCCCGCUUGAAAUGGAUCUGCGCCAAUGCCGAACAAAUGCCGUUCGAAUCCAAUACCUACGAUUUGUUCACAAUGUCAUUCGGAAUUCGAAAUUGCACACAUCCCCAGAAAGUGAUCGCCGAGGCAUUCAGAAUUCUGAAGCCAGGAGGUCAACUGGCGAUUCUCGAAUUCUCGCAAGUCAACGCCGCGUUGAAGCCAAUCUACGACGCCUACUCGUUCAAUGUGAUUCCGGUGCUUGGAGAGAUACUAGCUAGCGAUCGCCAGAGCUAUCAAUACCUCGUGGAAUCGAUUAGAAAGUUCCCGAACCAGGACGAAUUCGCCAGAAUUAUCAGGGAGGAGGGAUUCGAGAGAGUCACUUAUGAGAAUAUGACUUUUGGAGUUUGCUCGAUUCACAAGGGAACUAAGCCAAGGAAAUAA